AUGCGAGUCGCAGCGCCUGCUUCAGAGCUUCGAGACUUGUUGACAUCUCUGGCCGAACAAAAAGAGGAGCAAUCUGCUUUCAACGCCUUGGGUACGGCCUUUCAAUGCCUUGGUGUUCGAUUGGACUCCCAGCAUUGUACGCUGGCCAUAUCAUGCUGCGCUUCAGCCAGACUCUGGACGCAUGCUUGCUGGCUUUUGGCGGCGAUGCCAGCUCAGCUCGGGCUUCGGCGCAACGUGGUGAACUGGGGUGCAGCCAUCAGCGCAGCUCGAAAAGGCGAUCAAUGGCAGCUGGCUUUAAGGAUCUUUGGCGACAUGCCAUCUGUGAGUGUCGAAAGAAAUGUGGUCACCUACAAUGCCGCCAUCGCAUCUUCCCGUCGUGGAUCGGAAUGGGUGCUGGCACUCAGGUGGUUGAACACCAUGGUUACAGAGAGUGUGCGUUGCAACAGCAUCACCUUCAAUACUGCUAUGAGUUGCUGUGAGAAGGGAAGCCAGUGGCAACAGUCUUUGAGUUUGCUCUUUGCCAUGCAGGAAGCAAUGGUCAUGCCGGACGUGAUCAGCUUCAGCUCCGCCAUCAGCUCUUGCGUGAAGCAAGGGCGUUGGCAAGUGACACUCAACUUGUUUGAUUCCAUGAUCUCAGCAGAGAUUCAGCCAGACAUUAUAAUCUGUGGAGCGAUCAUUAGCUCCUUCGAGAAGGGGAACCAAUGGCAACUGGCCUUAUCGUUUUUCGGAGCGAUGCCGCAGGCCAGCGUGAGGCCCAAUGACGUAAGCUUCAAUGCAGCGAUCAGUAGCUGUGAAAAGGGUCAACAGUGGCAACAUUCCUUGAUGCUUUUUGAUUGGAUGACCAGAGCCAGUGCCAUCAUCCCAGACGUGAUCAGUUUCAGUGCUACCAUCAGCUCGUGUGCCAAGGGCAGACGAUGGGAAGAAGCCCUAGUCUUAUUUGCUGCGAUGCCCGUAGUCAAGGUGAAGGCCAACAUUUUCAGCUUCAGCUCUGCGAUGACUGCUUGCGAGGAAGGCAGUCAAUGGCAGCAAGCACUGUCUUUAUUCGAGGCCAUACGUACAGCACGGCUGCAGAUUGAUCUAGUUUGCUUCAACUCGGCGAUUUCUUCCUGUGAGAAGGGGAGCCAGUGGAGGGAGGCCCUCCAAGCAUUUCAUGUCAUGGACCAGGAAAGCCUUCGACCAAAUUUGGUCAGUUUCAAUGCCGUCAUCAGUGCUUGUGGCAGCCAAUGGCACUGGAGCCUGCGCUUGUUGCAGCUCAUGUCCGAGCUUCGUGUCUUGCCGGACCUCCUCAGCUUUGCUUUGGUCGCUGAAGCCCUCGGCUCGCGAGUGCCCGGUACGGAGGCUUUGUCCUCCAUCUUGGAUGCGAUGUCAUCUUGCACAGUGGACCAGCUGGCAUCCCUGGCACCGAGCGUUUGCCGCGGCCUGCGCCGCGGCCUGGUGCCGCCGGCGGUCUCAGCGGUGCAGCGGAGAUUUCUGAACCUGCACGAGUACCAGGUGCGGCAGUCGCGGCAGAAGGGGUUCGGCGUGGGCGUGCCCAAGAACCUGCCCGCCUUCUCCCCAGAGGAGGCCGUGGAGAAGGCGAACGAGAUGCCGGGCGAUGAAGUCGUUGUCAAGGCACAGGUGCUCGCCGGUGGGAGAGGCUUGGGACACUUCAAGGAGAAGCUUUCGCAGGGGGCGGUGCUGUGGUGCGCCGGGGCAAAGGAGGAGGUUGGCCACAAGUCUUCAGGUCUUGCACAGUCACUGCGCCGUGCCCCUUUCGGGUCUUUGCAGGAGAACAACUUCCAAGGCGGCGUCCACAUCGUGAAGAAGGAGAAGGUCAAGGAGGUGGCAGAGAAGAUGUUGGGCAAAACGCUCAUCACCAAGCAGACUGGAGCAGAAGGAAAGCCCAACAACACGGUGCUGCUGGCUGAGAAGGUCUCCAUUAAAGAUGAGAAAUACUUUGCCAUUCUCAUGGACCGCUCCAGUGGAGGCCCCUUGAUGAUUGGAAGCAAGACUGGAGGAACCUCCAUCGAGGACAUCGCGGCCGCGGACCCCACGUCGAUCAUCAAGACACCUGUGGACAUCAUCGAAGGCAUCAAGCCGGAGGCCGCAGAGAAGAUGGCCACGGAGAUGGGCUUCAGCGGCGCCCAGGCGACGGGACGGGCCACUCUGAUGGCCAACCUGUACAAGGUCUUCAUCGAGUGCGACUGCACCAUGUUGGAGAUCAACCCCUUAGCCUCCCUCACGGAUGGCCGCGUCUUGGUUUGCGACUCCAAGGUGAACUUCGAUGACAACGCCUCCUACCGACAGAAGGAAAUUCAUGAUCAGCGGGACGUCAGCCAGGAGAAUCCCAUUGAGGUGGAAGCCAAGAAGUAUGACCUGAACUACAUCAAGUUGGAUGGCAACGUGGCCUGCAUGGUGAACGGCGCGGGUCUCGCGAUGUCCACCAUGGACUUGUUGAGCAUCCUGGGUGGCAGCCCAGCGAACUUCUUGGAUGUGGGUGGCGCAUCGACUGUAGAGACCAUGACGAUGGCCUUCAAGAUCAUCAUGGGAGAUCCCAACGUGAAGUCCAUCUUCGUGAACAUCUUCGGCGGCAUCGCCCGCUGCGACCACAUCGCCGAGGCCGUGGUGGCGGGUGUCAAGGCCGUGGGCGGCAACGCGGCCAUCAAGCCGCUGGUGAUCCGCCUCGAAGAUGCGAGGGCCAACGGGGACUUGGGCAAUGCUCCUGCAGGCACCAAUGUGGAAGCCGGCAUGAAGAUCAUUCAGGAGAGCGGGGUGGAGGCCUUUUUGACCAAUGACUUCACCACGGCCGCCAAGAAGGACCUCUCAGACCCCGGCCCUCUCAAGAGGAGGCAGCGGAUCUCCCCCAAGGCCUUUUGGAUCCAGGCUGAUCAUGUCACGCCUGAACCUUCCACAGUGGCGUACAUGAACACUCGCGAGCUGAAAUUCGCGAUGAUGAAUGAGGCCUACCUUGUGCGGAAGUGGCGCAGUGGGCAGCCGAAGGGACAAGCCCCUGGUGUGGGCCAUUCGCCGGGCCUGCCAGCAGAGGCCCAGGAGCUUUGGAUGGCCUUCGGCUAUCGCGCGGCGGAAUUGGCCUGCGGUCGUUCGGUGCAACCGAUGCCCGGGGAGCCGGAAGGCGUGGAAGGUCGUGUUCCCAGGGUGCAGUGCAGCUUGCAGAGCACUUUGCGGUUUCUGCAGGCCAUGGCAUCCGUCCAAGCUGGGCCUCACAGUGCGGUGCUGGUGCUGGUGAAUCGCGUGCUGGAGAACCUCCGAGACCUGAACCCGCACCAGGGCUUCUAUGUGUUGCAAGCGAUGAGCCGGCUACGGCUGAAGCAUCCUAAGGCGGGUCGCGUGCUGCGGCACUUGAGUCUCGCUUGGCGCUCCUUGGUGGAGAAGACCUUUGUGAAGAGCGCGAAUGCGGUGGCCAAGUUGGACCUGUCCCAGGAGCUUUGGGCGAAGCCAUUGAAGAUGACAUUGUUCACCUGGCUCUCCACCAUGUCGCCUCAGAACUUGUUGCGCCUCAAGGCCAUCGCCGUCAUGGAGCUCCUGGACGAAGGUGAGGCGAUGCGGAGCUACCUGCAGCGGUGUUUGGAGGAUCGACACCAUCUCGUGUAUUCUCGGCAUUUGCAAAUGGUGGAGUUGCAUGUGCACUUGUUGUACCCCAACUUGUGGAACUCCUUGUCCGAGGAGGUGAGGCUUUUUCUGGAAGAGAUCCGGGAAGCAGCCAAUGCCAGCCGAGAGGACUCUCACUCCGACGACGAUGACUUGCCCGCGACCGAGCUGGUCCGGCAGUUCGAUCGGCAGCGCUUCAACUCGGAGCUUCAUCAGGAGGUGAGCCGCAUGCUGAGCUCUAUGGGCCUUCAGCAUCGGAACAAGCUCUCAGCAGGGCCCAUGGUGCUGGAUAUUCACCUGGCUGAGAUGUGCAUCGUGGAAGCCGCGCCUGCGUGGCAAUACUAUCUGCGCUCCUCGCAUCUCACGGCCCUGGCGCGACGGCGCCAGGAGAUGCUCCAGGCCAUGGGCUUCCAGGUGAUCGUCAUCCCACACUUCGAGUGGUUUCAGCUGGAGUCUCCCGAUGCUCAGCGUGAGUUCCUGCGGCAACGCUUGCCCAAAGAGGCCUGGCAUCCGAACCUCCACGGACGCCACGAGCCGCGUGGCGAGCCGCGUGGUGAGCCGCGUGGACGCUGA